AUGACGACCGAAGCAGCGGCCCGUCGUUUUUUCUCCUCAAAGUUCAUCGCCGUCGUCGGCGCGAGCUCCAACCCCGCCAAGUUCGGCCACAAGAUCUUCGCCUGGUACCUUAACCAUAACAUCCCCGCGACGCCCAUCAACCCGACCUCCAACACGGUAAACGCCCUGGGCAAGGACCACCCGGCCAUCCCUAACCUUUCGGCGCUGCCCAAUCCCAAGGAGACCUCCGUCUCCAUCAUCACCCCGCCCUUCGUCACCCUCAAGGUCCUGAAGGAGGCCAAGGAACUGGGCAUCCCCGCCGUCUGGCUGCAGCCCGGCACCUUUGACGACGCCGUCAUCGAGUACGCGCGCGGCGAGGGCGGCUUCGAGGCUGUCGUCGCCGGGUUCGGUGGCGGCACCGUUGGAGGCGAGGGCUGGUGUGUUCUCGUCGACGGCGAGAGGGCCCUCCAGGCCGCGGGUAAGCUGUGA